ACUUGAAAGACAACCUAUAUGUGCCCGCGUUCGUAUCUCUUUGUAAAAAUUGCGUUAUAAAAUACACGGUAACCUAUUUCAACACACGAUGCCACCUGAAAGCCAGUUUGGAUCCUUUUCCAUUAGUAGCAUACUUCAAGGAUCAGGAAAGUCGGAUUAUUCAAGGUCAACCGAUUCAAGGUCAAACGGUUCUUCACACGACUCAAGAGAUGAGAGUACCCCAAGGUUCACAAGAUUCCAACCAUAUGCGGACGGUACAAAUAAUUUGCGGCCAGCAAUGCCAGGAAAUACCUCUCGUCAUAUCCUGGAUAGAGAAGUUAGUGAGACUGGUUUCAGUUGUAACCCCGUAGUACGCUCUGACGCGGGCUACUCGUCGGGAUCUACUGACAGUAGAGUUGAUUCCGAUACUCUCACUUAUCACAAUUCGAAUGAGAGCUCGAGUGGUAGCACGGAUGCCAAAUAUUACGCUGAAAGUGAGAAUCCGUCACAUUCUUAUUUUGAAAGUCCGGGCAGCUGCUCCGACACAGCAGCAUCAAGUUUUGGCUAUAUGAAUAAUGCUGCCCAAGAUACAAAUAGUGGAACUAAUCACCACCUCGAGCGAUCUGCGUCUGCCAGAUAUUCAAAGACCUGGAGCAGGCCUGUUCAAGUCAGACACCAACAUGGCAGAGCCGGUCAUUCUUCCCGAGGCUACCACAGCCAUCACCCGAGUGCACUACUGGAGGCAUAUCAGAGCACAAGUGAGGACUGUCAACCCUCUGUAAACGGGUUUGUGGACUGUGAGAACACCAGUGGGCAGCAAUCAAGACGAUCUAGUGGACCGGACAGUAGCUUUGGAAAGUCAUGUGAUUCGCAAGUCGAUGAUCACCAUAACAAUAGCCACCACAGUGUUGUUCGACACAGGUACGUUCCAACGGGUAUUCCCCGGACACAUACCCAUCAAUCGUGCCCACGUCAGGAUGAAACCAUCACUGGCUCACAGCAACCGUGCAUGGUGCGGCAAAAUUCCAAAAAGCGAACUAAUAAGGUCCAUAAUAACACCAAUAUAGAGCAUACUACUAACAUGACUGGGAGCAAUUGGAGUGGUCAACACUUUGAUCCGCCGAAAUUCAGCCAACAACAGGGUUGGGGUUUCUGUGGGUCAAAUAUGGGUGGUCAGAGUUUGCAACAUACACACGGUCACAGCCACAGUCAGAUACCGCAUCAUGCCCACGCAGCGGUUGUAACGACUGAGAGUGCUUGUUGCCGACCUCAAAUGGCAUAUAAUAGGAAUAGUAUCAAUAAUUAUAAUAGCUGUAGUAUGAAUCAUAGCGCGCGUUCCUGUUGUAGCGAAGCAUCGACUACGCGUCCGGCGAUGAGUGGUCAUGCCAGUGCAAUGCGUGCGCCUGUCAACAUGAACGGAAACAGUCAGCCGGGUAUGGUUGAGGGGCCGUCGAUGAACGGGUAUACCGCGAAUAACCGGGAUAGCCAAGGCGGGGGCCCUAAACAGCACGACGCACAAAUGUGGAAGGUCGUGGAUCCGGAUAUGGCGUCUGGUCAAGAGAGUGACUACACGAAGAAGUCACUUAACUGUUCAAACAAGCGGCCGCCAAUUGUUCGCUUGGAUCGACCUUGCUUGCACUGUGGUAUAACUGAGAGUUGUACUUGGCGUCCGGGACCCGAGGGAAGAAGUACACUCUGCAAUACUUGUGGGUACUUUUACCGACGGAGGAAGUGUUUGAGCAUGAAAAGGAAGGGGUUGCACAUGUCCAUCAAGUCGGUCACCGGGGAGAAGAAGCUAAAUAUACAAUCAUUGUCGCGCAUGAAUGCAGUUCGUACAAUGACACAAUAACGAUCUUGAAUAAAAU